UACUAAAGGGCCUGGGAGCAGUGGGGUUGGGUGAGCGUUUGGGCAUGUUGGUGCCGUAGCCCUGGAAACAUGAGCGAAUUCCGCAUUCACCACGAUGUCAACGAGCUCCUGAGUCUGCUGCGUGUGCACGGAGGGGAUGGCGCAGAGGUGUACAUCGACCUCCUGCAGAAAAACCGGACUCCCUACGUCACCACGACUGUGUCUGCCCACAGCGCCAAGGUUAAAAUAGCCGAAUUUUCCCGAACUCCCGAAGACUUCCUGAAGAAAUAUGAUGAGCUGAAAUCGAAGAAUGCUAGAAAUCUCGACCCUCUGGUCUACCUGUUGGCGAAGCUCACUGAAGAUCGAGAGACGCUUCAGUAUCUGCAGCAGAAUGCCAAAGAGAGGGCCGAGCUGGCCGCCGGUGCGGCUGUGUGCAGCACUACCAACUUCAGCAUCUCUUCAACGGCGUCCAAGAUUUCUAUACAGGAGCUGGAGGAGCUCCGGAAGCAGCUAGGCAGCGUGGCCACCGGCCCCAACCUGCAGCAGUCACAGGAAUUUACAAGAAAGGUGCUCCGGGACAAGCAGAGCAAGAAGAAUUCAGGCCACCAUCUCCCAGUGUUCCCAGCAUGGGUGUAUGAGAGACCUACCCUCAUUGGAGACUUCCUGAUUGGCUCUGGCUUAAGCCUGGAUUCUGCUGUACCUGUCGGUAGCCUGCCCUUGGCCUCUCAGGAGGCUGCGGUGGUGGAGGACCUGCUUUACGUCCUGGUCGGCGUGGAUGGACGCUACAUCACAGCGCAGCCCCUCCUCAGCAGGCAGAGCCGGACUUUUCUUGUAGACCCUAAUCUGGACAUGUCUGUCAAGGAACUGGUGAACAGGGUUCUGCCAGUGGCUGCGAGCUACUCGACUGUGACCAGGUUCAUAGAGGAGAAGUCUUCCUUUGAGUACGGUCAAGUGAACCACGCCUUGGCGGCUGCCAUGAGAACCCUAGUCAAGGAGUACCUGAUCCUGGUCACGCAACUGGAGCACCUACAGAGACAAGGCCUCCUGUCGUUGCAGAAACUGUGGUUCUACAUUCAGCCAACCAUGCGCACCAUGGAGAUCCUGGCCUCCCUUGCCACCUCUGUGGACAAAGGGGAAUGUUUAGGGGGCUCGACCCUGAGCCUCCUCCAUGACAGAAGCUUCAACUACACCGGAGACAGUCAGGCCCAGGAACUGUGCCUCUACCUGACCAAGGCAGCCAGCGUCCCGUACUUUGAGAUCCUGGAGAAAUGGAUCUACCGGGGCAUCAUCAACGAUCCGUACAGUGAGUUCAUGGUGGAAGAGCAUGAGCUUCAGAAGGAGAAGAUCCAGGAGGAUUACAACGACAAGUACUGGGACCAGAGGUACACCGUCGUCCAGCCACAGAUCCCUUCUUUCCUCCAGAAAAUGGCAGACAAGAUCCUGAGCACAGGCAAGUACCUGAAUGUGGUCCGAGAGUGCGGCCAUGAUGUGACCUGCCCCGUGGCCAAGGAGAUCGUCUACACCCUGAAGGAACGUGCCUAUGUGGAGCAGAUCGAGAAAGCCUUCAACUAUGCAAGCAAAGUGCUCCUGGACUUUCUGAUGGAGGAGAAGGAGCUCGUGGCCCACUUGAGGUCCAUCAAGCACUACUUCCUCAUGGACCAGGGGGACUUCUUUGUCCACUUCAUGGACCUCACAGAGGAGGAGCUGAAGAAGCCUGUGGACGACAUCAUCCCGACCCGGCUCGAAGCCCUGCUCGAACUAGCCUUGAGGAUGAGCACGGCCAACACGGACCCCUUCAAGGAUGACCUCAAGAUUGACCUCAUGCCCCACGACCUCAUCACGCAGCUCCUGCGGGUUCUGGCCAUCGAGACGAAGCAGGAAAAGGCCCUCAUCAGCGCAGACCCAACAGAGCUGACGCUGAGCGGCCUCGAGGCUUUCUCCUUCGACUAUGUGGUCAAGUGGCCGCUGUCCCUGAUCAUCAACAGGCCUCCUGCCCCGCACAGGAAGGCGCUCACCCGCUACCAGAUGCUCUUCCGGCACAUGUUCUACUGCAAGCACGUGGAGCGCCAGCUGUGCGGCGUCUGGAUCAGCAACAAGACGGCCAAGCAGUUCUCCCUGCACGGCGCCAAGUGGUUCGCAGGCGCCUUCACCCUGAGGCAGCGGAUGCUGAACUUCGUCCAGAACAUCCAGUAUUACAUGAUGUUCGAGGUCAUGGAGCCCACGUGGCACGUCCUGGAGAAGAACCUGAAGUCGGCGUCCAACAUCGACGAUGUCCUGGGCCACCACACGAGCUUCCUGGACAACUGCCUGAAGGACUGUAUGCUCACCAACCCGGAGCUGCUCAAGAUCUUCUCCAAGCUCAUGUCCGUCUGCGUCAUGUUCACCAACUGCAUGCAGCGAUUCACCCAGAGUAUGAAGCUGGACAGCGAGCGCAGCCGCCCCCCAAUGGAGCCGGGCACCAUGCUGGGGCCUCCUACGGAGGCCGAGCGAGUGGAGGAGGCUCUCAAGAGGAAGCUCACCAGCAAAUACCUGGCGGAGCACGCGGACGCUCUGCAGCUGACGUCCGGCUUCGAGGCCACCGUCACCAAGUUUGACAAGAACUUCUCCUCCCACCUCCUGGACCUGCUGGACAAGCUGAGUGUGUUCAGCACCAACGACUGCGAGCACAGCAUGGUCAGCGUCAUCUCCAGGCUGGACUUCAAUGGUUUCUACACCGAGCGACUAGAGCACCUGUCUGCCGAGAGGAGCCAGAAGGUGGUGGCCCAGAUGCCCAUGGCCCGAGUGGCUCUGCCCGUGCAGUGAGGGGCACCGCCCCGAGGAGGCUCUGGGUGCCAGGCGGGGAGGGGCAGGGCAGAGCGUUUACAUUACAAACAUGAGAGAAAGCGA